AUGCCGGCCUCACGAGCGGCGCUCUUGCAAUUCACAGACGGGGUCUUGUUCGCUGUCGAGAGCUCUUUGGAAAUUAUCAUCACGCGCGAUGAGGAUUUUGCGAUCGAGCGCGUCGAAGUGCCUAGAGGCGUUUACGACAUGAUCCAGCGGGACUUUGUGGCUGCCGAGACUCUCUCUACGUUAGACGUGUUUUCGAACUGGCACCUGACGGUAGUGGUUCGAAGUACAGAGCAAUACUACAAUGCUCACAAGCCACAGAAUGCGACUCACGCUACGAACGCGAUCAUGUACGGCAUUAUCAACUCCAUCCUGACCAUCCCCACCAUGUACGGAUACGCCGCCAUCCUCUUCAGCCACAAAGACUUCGAAGACUUUAUGCCGGCACUGUCCAAGCUCGUCAUCUUCUCCAGCGUCGUACACCAGGUCAUGUUCACACUCAUGAGCUCGCUGCCGUUCUCCAUCGGCCAAGUGCAAGAUGCCGGUCUCAUCUUUCUCAGUACCAUGGCCACUUCAAUCUGCGACUCACUGGGCAAUGACGUGCCGCUGGAGGCCAAAGUGACCACUUGUAUCAUCGUCAUCGGCAUUGCUACAGCCUCACUCGGUGUCUGUCUCGUGGUCAUGGGCAAGCUGAAGCUGGCUGCACUCGCGUCGUAUCUGCCGAUGCCCGUGAUCGGUGGCUACUUGGCCUUCAUCGGUAUUUUCUGUUUCUACGCUGGCCUCGCCUUGUGUACAGGUCUCGUCGUGAACGACAUGGAGUCCAUGAUCGGCGUCUUCGACAACGCCCACGACGUCCUGCUGUGUCCCUGGUAUUCUCAGUGGUGCCUGGUUGUCUCGCAAGGUCCCGAUAACGGAAAACAAUGA